AUGGAACCAGGGAAUCUUACAAGAGCGUCAGAAUUUAUUCUCCUGGGUUUUUCAGAGGAACCAGAACUGCAGCCCCUCAUAUUUGGGCUUUUCCUCUCCAUGUACCUGAUCACUGUGUUUGGAAACCUGCUCAUCAUCCUGGCCGUCAGCUCAGACCACCACCUCCACACCCCCAUGUACUUCUUCCUCUCCCACCUGUCCUUGCUAGACAUCUGUUUCACCUCCACCACCAUCCCAAAGAUGCUGGUGAACAUCCAGACACAGAGCAAAGCCAUCACCUAUGAAGGCUGUAUCAUUCAGAUUUAUUUUUUCUCACUCUUUGCAAUGUUGGAUAACUUGAUUUUGACUGUGAUGGCUUAUGAUCGCUUCGUGGCCAUCUGCCACCCCCUGCACUAUAUGGUCAUCAUGAACCCCCGGCUCUGUGGACUGCUGGUUCUGGUGUCCUGGAUCACAAGUGCCCUGCAUUCCUUGUUAGAAAGUUUACUGUUGUUGCGACUAACCUUCUGUACAGACUUGGAAAUCCCCCACUUUUUCUGUGAACUCAAUCUGAUGGCCCAACUUGCUUGUUUUGACAACUUUCUAAAUAACAUGGUGUUGUAUUUUACAACUGUGCUCCUCGGUGGUGGUGGUCCCCUCGCUGGUAUCAUUUACUCUUACUCUAAGAUAGUGUCCUCCAUACGUGCAAUCCCAUCAGCUCAGGGGAAGUAUAAGGCAUUUUCUAACUGUGUGUCUCACCUCUCAGUUGUCUCCUUAUUUUAUGGAACAAGCCUCGGAGUGUAUCUCAGCUCUGCUGCUGCCCACAGCUCACACUCAAGUGCAGCAGUCUCAGUGUUGUACAGUGUGGUCACACCCAUGCUGAACCCCUUCAUCUACACUCUCAGAAACAAAGACAUAAAAGGGUCCCUGAAACUAUUCUUUGGGAUGGCAGCCAUAAAAAAACAGCUGUGUUCAGUAUGA